AUGGUCAACGUUCGAAAAGGAGAAUUUGAUACGUUCAAAGAAGAGACUAACAAAAAGAUUCUAGCACUGGAAGAUCUGGUAAAAAAAUUACUAUCUAAAAAUCUUGACUUAGAAAAGAAAUUGAAGUUCUUAGAAGAUAAUCAAGCUCAAAUUAUUAGCAAAAGUAAUCAAAUUAACAGCAAACCACUUUUUAGUAGCUUGUUUCAUAACAAAUCUCUUGAACCAGAAGAAACAAGAAUACUAACCGCAAUUUCAGCUGAAAAUAAAGAAAAAUCUAGAAGAGAAUACAAUUUGAUCCUACACGGUCUUGAUGAAUUAAAUAAAUCAACUGAAGAAAAUAUACAACAUGAAAACGAGCAAAUAAAAAAGAUCUUUAAUUACCUGAAGGUCGAUGAAUCAUUUAUUAAACGACACCACCGCCUAAAAUCAAAAACCGACAAACCUGGUAUUGUAAUAGUAGAAUUAAAUAAUAAAGAAAAAGUUGCAGACAUUUUAAAGUCAGCAAGCAAUUUGAAAUUUAAUGUCGAAUAUAAAAAUAAAGUAUAUAUAAAUCAGGAUUUAACAUUUGCACAACGUGAAAGCAGAAAAUUGCUUCUAAAAGAAAGAGAUCGUUUAAAUAAUGCUGAUAAUAACCAGCCCUUUCGGUAUAUUGUCAAAAAUGAGUCAACUGUCAAAGUCAAGAAAAUAAAUAAAAUAACAGAGUUUGAAACAAAAAUUAUGAUCGACUCACCAGAUAUCAUACUUAUUUCUGAAACAUGGUUCAAAAAUGACUUAAUUAUAAAUAUUAGCAACUACAACUGCUUUUACAAUAAUAGAACAAACAAACAAGGUGGAGGUGUUGCAAUUUUUACAAAAUAUGAUAUAAUUGCUUAUGAAGUAUCAGUUUUACCUUUAUAUAAAGAAGUUGAACAAAUAUGGUGUAGCAUUGUACUUCAUAAAACAAAAAUAUUAGUUGGAUGUAUAUACAGACCACCAAACAGAAGUAAUGAAUGGAAAAUACUCAAAUGUAUUAUUGUUGGUGAUUUUAAUUACCCAAAUAUUAAUUGGAAUGAAGACGGAACUAUCGAGCUAAAGCAAAACUGCCAAACAAGCAGAGCAUUUAUUAAUAACUUGCAAAACAAUUAUUUACAUCAAGUAGUUAACAAGCCAACUUUUCAAAUGGCUGUUGAUAAACCAGCAAAUAUAUUAGAUUUAAUAAUAUGCGACGAUCUAGAUUUAAUAAUUAACAUUGAAUAUGAUGCUCCACUUGGUCAAAUUACUAAAAGCCAUUACAUAUUAAAAUGGGAAAUUAACAUACUCAAUUCAUAUGAGAAAAAAUUCAACAAUAAGAGAUUCAAUUUUCGAAACGGAAAGUACAAAGAAAUGAAUCUCAUGUUUUAUAAAGUAAAUUGGGUUGAAAUCUUUGACAAAAUGAAUACAAAUCAAUGUUAUGAAUACUUUUUAAAAAUUUAUGAAAAAGCUUGCAAACAAUAUAUUCCUCGCCACUUCAAACCCACUAGUUCUAUCAAAAAUCCAUGCAUUAAUAAAAAAAUCAAGAAUCUAGUUAGAAAAAAACGUAGUUUAUGGUGCAGAGUUCGUGCUAUAAACUUCAAGAACACAAACUUAAAUAAUGAAUACAAACUUAUCAACAAAACAAUUAAAAAACAAAUUAAAAAAUCUACUUUUGAUUAUGAAAUAAACUUAGCAAAAGAUGUAAAACAUAAUCCAAAACGCUUCUAUGCAUAUGCACAAAGAAAAAACCAGACACAUACAAAAUUGCUAGCACUUAAAACUAGUGACAACAAAAUAAUAACUGAUAAAAAAGUAAUUGCUAAUCUACUAAAUUGUAGUUUCCAAUCAGUAUUUGUCAAAGAAAAUCAAGAUUUACCAUAUUUCAGCAAUAAAACUAGUCAUUUAUUUGAAUGUGACUGGGACCAAGAACUAAAAGAAGAUAUUAUAUUUAAUUAUUUAUUAGAACUUAAUGAAAACAAGUCACUUGGUUGUGAUAACAUCAGUCCCUAUGUGCUAAAGCAUUGUGCAGAAGGAUUAUCCAAACCUUUGUCUUUAAUAUUCAAGAAAUCGAUACAUUCAGGAGAGCUGCCAGAAUUAUGGAAACCUGCAAACAUUACACCACUUUUUAAAAAAGGAAACAAGAAAGAUCCACUCUACUACAGACCUAUCUCCUUAACAUCGAUACCAAGUAAGAUAAUAGAGAAAAUAAUUAGAAAAAAACUGAUAAUUUAUAUAACAGAAAACAAUCUGUUAACGUCUCAACAACAUGGAUUUAUACAAAAUAAAGGGUGCCUAACAAACCUAUUAGAAACUUUCGAUAUUAUUACAACUGAAAUUGAAAAUGGUUAUCCAGUUGAUAUAUUAAAACAAAGAGUGGUAAUGGGUGAAGUUGUAUCAGAUUGGUGCGAGGUUUAUAGUGGUGUACCACAGGGCUCUGUAUUAGGUCCUCUUCUUUUUCUGUUAUAUAUCAAUGAUCUUCCCCAAUGUAUCUCUUCAAUCGCAAAAUUAUACGCUGAUGAUACUAAAAUCAUAUCUGUUAUAAAAGAACAUAAUGAUCUAACUAAUAUGCAAAAUGACAUUGAUUUGUUAACUGAAUGGUCAAAUGUAUGGUUAAUGGACUUUAACAUAAAUAAAUGCAGUGUUAUGCACAUUGGAAGAAAAAAUAUUAACUAUAACUACACUAUAAAGCACGACAAUCAAAGUUUUCUUCUAAAAACAACAACAAAAGAACUAGACUUGGGUGUAAUAGUUUCAUCCAAUAUGAAAUGGAAUCAUCAGGUUCAAGCAGCUAUAAGUAAAGCACAAAGAAUCUUAUGUUUAAUAAGAAAAAGCUUUACUUAUCUUAACACUGAAAUGGUAAGGCAACUAUACACAUCGUUGGUUAGACCACACUUGGAAUUCGCAGCUCCAGUGUGGAGUCCAAGUAAUAAAAACAAUAUCAAUGACCUAGAAAAAAUUCAAAGGCGAGCAACAAAGCUAGCCCCUGAACUAAAACAUCUAAGUUAUACCGAAAGAUUGACAAAGUUGGGCCUCACAACUCUGGAAACAAGACGUAUAAGAGGAGAUCUCAUUGCUUUCUUUAAAUUAACAACUGGGAUUGAUAAGAUAUUAUGGCAUAAAGAGCCUAAUAAAGCUUCUUCCCAGAGACUUCGAGGUCAUCCAACGAAAUUUGAAAGAGAAUUUGCAAAAACAACACCGAGACAUAAUUUUUUUACGAACAGAGUGAUACCUCAUUGGAAUGCUUUACCUGAAAAAGUAGUUUCUGCAAUGACAGCCAUGUUGUUGGAUCCAGAGCCGUCCUUAGAAAAUGCGAGGCCUGAAGCAAAACAUUUUUGUGAAGCUUUUUUAAAAGAAGUCUCGUCAUUAUAA